AUGGCACCGCCCAGACAGGCCUUGGCUCAGAGCGAGUCGAAAGCCAGAUUUUUCGAACGAUUGGGCUUGGAUGAGCGCAAUGAAUUCCACCGCAGAGUAUAUUCAAUGAUGAAGGAAGAAGCAGUAGAGGGACGAAGACGCAUGACUGAAAGUCAAGAUGUUCUGGUACCAGCACUUCGAGGAAACACAUCUGUCGGACCACCGUACAGCAAUGCUCAAAUCAGCGAAACAGUCACACACCGUGAAAUCCUUCGAAUCUAUCGGAUGGCACGGCCAGAGACCAGAGUGGUAUACGAUCUUGGCCGUGACGUUGACCGUGUCGAGGAGGAGAAUUGGGUCAUCCGGUGGAUGCUGUGGCAUGUAUUCCGCUACCGGGACAGUCGCAACAAGAACCGGAGAACAACAUCUCCGAGUCCAGAACGAUCAAGGUGCUCUCAACCUGUGAACUUGGUGUCGAUCGCCGCUACCACCGCCUCUCGCUGUGCAGCGAGCAGCACGAAUGCCCACCGACAAAGCUACUAUUGGGAUCCCGUCCGCGGCACAUGGUGUAGCAGAUAG